AAAGCCAGACUGACUUUCUGAUUCUCGAGGGGAUCUUCAACUGCCUGAAGCUUCUCCGCUCCGCAUCCAUUUGAGAAAAAGCAGAUCUGCAGUGUCUGAGAUGACGACGAAGCCCCACAUCGCGGUGCUCGGUGCCGGAAUCUUUGUUCGAACCCAAUAUAUUCCCAGGCUAAGUGAGAUAGCUGAUAUUGUGGAUGUGAGAGCAAUUUGGAGCCGUAGUGAGGAAUCUGCGAGAGCUGCUGUGGAGCUAGCUCGUAAAUUUUUUCCCAACAUAGAAUGUAAAUGGGGAGAUGAAGGACUUGAUGGCAUCAUUCGAGAUAGUUCGAUACUUGGAGUAGCAGUUGUUCUUGCUGGACAAACUCAGGUGGACAUCUCAUUGAGACUGCUAAAGGCUGGGAAGCAUAUCCUUCAAGAGAAACCAGCUGCAGUCUCUAAUAAUGAGGCAGAGACUGCAAUCUCAAGCUACAAUGCUUUUUUUACCAAUUCCCCUCAUCGACCAAUUUGGGCCGUUGCAGAAAACUAUCGGUUUGAACCAGCUUUUGUGAAGGGAAAGAAACUUAUAAAUGACGUUGGUGAAAUGAUGAGCAUCCAACUCAUUGUUGAGGGAUCAAUGAACAGUUCAAAUCCUUACUUCUCAAGCUCUUGGAGGCGCAACUUCACAGGAGGCUUCAUUCUAGAUAUGGGAGUACACUUCAUAGCGGGAUUGAGGAUGGUUGUUGGGUGUGAAGUGGCCUCGGUGUCUGCUAUUACAUCUCAUGUAGAUAUGACUUUGCCUCCACCAGAUAAUAUAUGCUCCCUUUUUCAAUUAGAGAAUGGUUGUGCUGGAGUGUUUGUAAUGGCAGUUUCGUCAAGCUCACCCAAGAUAUUCUGGCGAGUAGUUGGCUCAAAGGGUACGCUGCAAAUUGAUCGUGGUAGCAAAGAUGGGAAACACGGUUACUCGGUUUCACUUUAUACAGCAGAUGGACAUUGCCAAAGUUCUUUUCACCCAUUUUGUGGGGUGAAUGAAGAAUUAAAAUCUUUUAUACAUGACAUUUCGCAGGCCGCCCUUAAGGAAGGAGGCAACUAUGAAGCUGAACCUCGUAGUUCUUUUGUUGAAGGUGCUCGAGAUAUUGCCGUCUUAGAGGCAAUGCUUGAAUCCGGUAUGAAGCAGGGAGCACAGGUGAAUGUGAAGAAGUUCUAGGCUACUAGCUGAAUGCAGGCCAGAGACCACUUCAAGCAGCACUUAAGACAGGGUUGACCAAAUUGCAAGUUACAAAGGAUCUAUUGAAUAAUCAUUCCUUUAGUCUGAGUUUUAAUCCAAGACAGUUACCGGCCCCAAGAAACAGGAUGCAGGAUCAGUCUGGUAAAGCAGAGGCUAGGAGUACCUGGUUUUACCAUGUACUGCUCUGAUAUUGAUCACACUUGAAAAGGUGAGUGGUAUGUCAUGAGGGUAUCCAUACCAUAUGAUGAGAUGGCAUUUAGAUUAUUCCUAGUUGAUGUGUUGAAAAUUAAGAUGAACUAUCAUCUCCAUGGUAGUCUAAUAUCUUGAGACAACAUUGAAUUCCAUUAUCAGUUUCAAGGCAAUUGUUUAGCACUUGUUUCAUCUUGUCUUUUGUUUCCAGUAGUAUAA